AUAACAGGCCUUCAUAUCACCCCCAAAAACCCUAAAUCAGUAAGCAUUGUUACGCAUUCUCUUCCCGGUGGCCUCUGCAGUGCCUGAAGAUGAAGUUCAACAUCGCGAAUCCAACUACUGGAUGCCAGAAGAAGCUCGAAAUUGACGAUGACCAAAAGCUUCGUGCUUUUUAUGACAAGAGGAUCUCCCAGGAAGUCAAUGGAGAUGCACUUGGAGAGGAGUUUAAGGGAUACGUUUUCAAGAUCAUGGGAGGAUGUGACAAACAAGGUUUCCCAAUGAAGCAAGGAGUGUUGACUCCAGGGCGUGUUCGUCUUUUACUUGUCCGAGGUACUCCUUGCUUCAGGGGAUAUGGAAGGCGUAAUGGUGAACGCAGGAGGAAGUCUGUGCGUGGGUGCAUUGUGAGCCAAGAUCUGUCUGUCUUGAAUUUGGUGAUUGUGAAAAAGGGUGACAACGACCUGCCCGGACUGACCGAUGUUGAGAAGCCAAGGAUGAGGGGACCCAAAAGGGCAUCAAAGAUCCGCAAGCUUUUCAAUCUCUCAAAAGAAGAUGAUGUCAGGAAGUAUGUCAACACCUAUCGCAGAACCUUCACAAACAAAGCUGGUAAGGAGGUGAGCAAGGCUCCUAAGAUACAGAGGUUGGUGACACCAUUGACACUGCAAAGAAAGAGGGCAAGAAUUGCUGACAAGAAGAAGAGGAUUGCAAAGGCCAAAUCAGAGGCUGCAGAUUACCAGAAGCUUCUUGCAAGCAGGCUCAAGGAGCAAAGGGAAAAGCGAAGUGAGAGUCUUGCCAAAAAGAGGUCCAGGCUUUCAUCUGCUUCUAAGCCUUCCAUUGUUGCUUAGGGUUUUUUGAACUUAUGUUUAUGGGUGUUGAAUCUUGAUUGGUGUUUGUGAUAGUGGUUCAGACAUUAGUUUUGUUGUCUUUUUGAUCUUAUUCAACUCUUUAUGAUUUUGAGAUAUGGUUGUUUACAUUACAUUUUAAUGUUAUAAUAUCCUUUUGUACCA